AUGCAGGGCGCCCAUGUUCCCGAUGUCAUCCCUCUCCAGGGCAACCUACUGGACGCGGAAUUCAGGACCGACGAUUUUCGCAUCAAUUAUUUCAAGGUGACGGAGUGUUCCAACAUCGAGCCACACGAUUGGACCCUGUGCGCAUUCGCACACGUGGGAGAGAAAGCCAGGAGAAGGGGGACUGCUGCAUUUAAGUAUGUUGCCACAGCAUGCCCUGACUUCCGCAAGGGGACAUGCAAGCGUGGUGACCAGUGCCCGUUUGCCCAUGGAGUCUUUGAGAGCUGGCUGCACCCUGGCAGAUAUCGCACGCAACUGUGCAAAGACGGCCUCGAAUGUGAUCGCCCCGUCUGCUUCUUCGCGCACAGCAUAAAGGCAAGUCUUUGA